CGAGAUUCAAACGAGAGCAAUGGCUGGCGCUGGAAGUUUGUUCUCGGCCGCGGCUGCCGUGUCGGCAACGGGCUAGCGGUCUCAGCAUUGCAUCGCAUCCGAACACAAGCUGCAAGGUCAUGGAAAGCCGAGUUAUUUCACCCGGCCCUUACAGGGCUACGAAGCUGUGGAAUGAAUUGAUCAAGCUUUUUAGGGCUGGAAUGCCUCUGAGGAAACAUAGUGUGCGCUUGAAAAAAUACAAUAAAUGUUUUACUGCUUCAGCGGCAGUUGACUGGUUGCAUGAACUGUUGAAAAAUAACAGCAACUUUGGGCCAGAUGUCACCAGACAACAGACUCUGCAAUUGUUGAGCAAGUUUUUGAAGAACCAUGUGAUUGAGGAUGUGAAAGGAAGAUCGGGAGGGGAGAAUAUGGAUGAUAACAGUCAGUUAUAUAGAUUCCCAAUUAUAUCACCAUUGAAAGUUGUUCCUAGCCAUCGUCCAUUUUACCAAAAAAAUACAACAGGAAUGAACAACAAGAAAAAUGACUUUUGUACAUUAUCCAAGACUAAUCCCAAGGAGGUUAGAAGUCCUCAGGUAAAUACCGAGGAAUUGGAUCAGGAGGUUCCAGUGGUCACUUCUGAUGAACACUUGAUGCAUGUCAGACCAGUUACUCAAAGUGACAUUGAAGAAGCUUGGAGAGAAGUUGUUCUUAAUCACCUGCAGAAGAUAUUAGGCUUGGCUUCAUUGGAUGAUGUGUUGGAUUUCUCACAAGUCGUUGCUCAGAAUAUUGUAUGCAAUGUAUGUAACAUCAGCAAACAUGGGGUUGUUAUAUUACCAGACAAAUCGGAAGAUCUACCUCAUUGGGUCCUGUCUGCUAUGAAGUGCCUAGCAAAUUGGCCCCGUCACAAUGACCUGAAUCAGGCAACUUACCCUGGUUUUGAGCGAGAUGUAUUUAAAACGGUUGCAGAUUAUUUUCUAAAUCUUCCCGAACCGCUACUUACAUUUGAACAUUAUGAACUCUUUGUGAAUAUACUAGUUUUGUGUGGCUAUAUCAUGAUCUCCAAUAAACAACAAGGAAAGCGCAAGAUCUUGGAUGAACUUGGCUGUCCACAGCCAGCAAAAUCACAGUACCUGAACAGCCAUAAAAACUCUUUCAAAUCAACAGAGUGUCUGUUACUCAGCUUAAUUCGCAAAGACAUUUCAGAAAAACCAACACAGCAACAGAAGGAAAUCGGUAUUACUGAGCAUAAACUAUUUCGAAAUGAGCAUUACCUUCAAAAAGGAUGUGCUAGACGUCUAAACCAACAUGCAAAAACCUAUAAGGAAACUGAUAUCAAAGACCAGCUAUUAGGAGGAAGCUGUCAAAACCUAUCUCAUUUAAAAAAUGAUCACAUACAACGCUGUCCAAUCAUGUCAAGACACUACUCAGUAGGGCACAUUGCAAGUGGAGAGAAACUACACCAGCCACUGAGCCAUGUUGACCUGAAUGUGGCAAGGCAACAAAAUGAUACUGAGCCGCAUCAUAAUCAGAGCAUCCAGACCCUCAUUAGUGGUAGACCUAAAUCAGAAUCAUUGUCAAAUCUUUAUCUGGAAAGUGCGAAACAACAAAUUUCCAAUUAUACGUCCAAGUGUAACUCAGUAUUGACUUUGGCUGAAUCCAGAAAUGAACCUUGGACUAAUUAUACAAAUCAAGAAUUGCUCAAUGGAAAAUCAACCAAUUCAAUCAACCAAAAAUCAGUUCAGGGACAUGAUCAACAGAAUCAAGAUUCGCAGUUUGGAAGUUUGCAUUUUAUGAAUGCUAAUUGUCACAAAUUAAAUACAGCAAGUAACUGUAAAAUAUCCAAAGAUGUGGGCAGCUGUUUUAAUAUAAAUGCUCCAAUUGCUGAAGUUACCAUGAAACCCUAUUGUUCGCCUCAGCUAGGAUUAAGACGACCAAACACAUUUAGUUUGGCUAACACAGAGGGAACAGGACAUCUAACUUCAGAUGGAGCUAUGUUUCAGUGUUACAAAUGUACUGUGGAUGGAUCUGAGAAUCACUCUUCAAAAGGUUGCCACUCAACCUCUGCACAAAGUUUACUGCAACCACAUCUGCAGCAGGUUGCUAUAGAGGCUCUUCAAGUAUGUUGCCUCCUUUUGCCUCCACCCAAUCGUAGAAAACUGCAACUACUUAUGCGCAUGAUAUCUCGUAUUAGUCAGAAUGGUGAUAUGCCUCAGCUUCAUGAUGCAAUGGGAACAAGGAUGUUGAUGGUUCACACUUUUUCACAUUGUAUAUUACGUUCCAAGAAAGAUGAUGAUCUUAAUGAACUACUAGGUACACGGCUUGUUUCUUUUAUACUGGAUCACCAUCAAGAGAUUCUGCAAGUACCAUCUUACCUGCAAAAUGCUGUGGAAGAUCACAUCAAUCAUCUCCAAAAAGUUCAGAUUAGGUAUCCAUACACAGACAUAAAUUCUCCAGCCCCAAUGUAUUCAUUCUGCCAACAGAUAAGCAGUAAAGAAUUUGAAGAGCAAAAGGUUACUGUAUCUGAGUUUGCCAUAACUGAGCUAUUGGAAAAUAUUGUGGAAGACAAGAUAUUAUCAGUUAAAGACAAGAGGAAAAAACUUAAACAAUUCCAAAAAGAAUAUCCGGAAAUCUAUCAAGAUCACUUCCCCACCUCUGAGUGCGAGAACAAACUCUUCCAGAAUAAACCCAAGAUCAAGCCACCAUUGCUGAUUACAAUGAAGAAACAUCUUCAGAAAAGACAGAACCUCAGGAGUUGAAUAAAACAUCAGUUCAGAAUUUUAACAUUAUUUAAGUCUAUUUGCACAAUUUCUAAAUUCUGUGAGCCAACCAUAUGAAGAAGAUUUCUGUACAUAGAAAAAUCAGAUACAUUGAAAUUCUGGUCAUCGUAAAUAUCGAAGAUUUUCAGACUGUUUAAUUAUUAUUUUUUUAUUUAUGUUCCACUAUAGAUGAACUACUAGGUAUAUCUAUUUAAAACAUUUAGGGUUUCCUCCUGCAAAAUAUUUAUUCUGCAGUGUUUCAGGAUUAUUUUGAAAUAAAAAUUGUGUAUUUAAUAUAACAUCAGUCCAUCAACAUAUUACAUGCCUUUUGCCUUGUAGACAACGUCAAUCAUACAGCACAGAAACAGGCCCUUCGGCCCAAUUUUUCUGUGCCGACUGAGAUGCCCUAUUAAAACAGGCUCUGCUUGUGUUUGGCUCGUAUCCUUUUAAACCUUUCCUAUUAAUUUACUGUUGAAAUCUGUUAAAGGUUGGUAUCGUACUUGCUUCAACUACCUCCUCUGACAGAUUGUUCCACAUACCCAUCACCCUUUGUGUUCCUAUUAAAUCUUUCCACCGUCACCUUAAACCUAUGUACCAAUGUCCUUUAGUUCUUGAUUCCCCUACCCUACUUGAUUCCCCUACUAAAAGAUUAUCUGAAUCUGCCCUGUCUAUUCCCCCUGUGAUCUUAGACACCUUCCUAAGAUCACCCAUUGUCCUUCUCCACUGCAAGGACAUUCCUAGCCUGUCUGACCUCUCCCUGUAGGUCAGGCCCUCGAGCCUUGGUAACAUCCUCGUAAAUCUUCUCUGCACUCUUUCCAGCUUAUGAGCAUCCACUGAACAACGGUCAUGCUAUUCAUUAUGAAAGUUCUGACCUAGUUUGAGUUCCCAAAAUAUAAUACCUUGCAUAUAUCUGAAUUAACCAUUCCUCAACCCACUUGUCCAACUGAUCAAGAGCCUGCAGUAAUUUUUUAUAACCAUCUUCGCUAUCUAUUAUACCACCUCUUAUGUUAUCUGCAAACUUACUAAUCAUGCGUCCUACAUUUGCAUCUAAAGCGUUGGUAAGUCUGAUUAAAGCCUUGAUGAAACUGAAUGACAGAAAUGGGUAUUGUUAAAGUAUGUUGCACAAUUUUUAAUGUUUUAAAUUUGAAAUUAAUAACCUACCAAAAGUUAUAAUUAUUGUUAUAGAUAUACCAUGAGGGAAAUGUUUGACUCAUUCUAGUUGUAAUAUUGUAGUCCUUGUAUAUAACUGAUCGAAUUUAAAUGAGGAUUGCUAAAGUUAAUUAAUUUUAUCCAUUUAAAAAAAGAAAUGUUUAGCCAACUUCCUGGUAGAUUUCCAUCACUGCCUCUCUUGAUUGUUUUUGUGUGCUUUUGUUGAGUUGAGCAGAUAGUUCUAGCUUAAUAGAUGCUUAAUCAGAUUUCUCUAAUUGGAAAUUGAAUUAUCUUCAAUAGUAAUGCUUUAACCUAGAAUUAUUGUGGUAAUUCUUUCAAAACCUUAUGAUACACACUAUGAUACAAAAUGUUCUAAAUUAAAGACAACGAAAGUUGAAGACAUACUUGAGGCAUGAGUGUGCAAACAAAUGCCCGAGUAGCCAAAACCCCUAUUCCGCCUGGCAGUAGUAGGUAAAAUAGAGCAAUUUUCAUGCUGCUUCAUUUAUUCAGCUUGUGUGAUGUCACUUGUAACAUAUUGCAACCACUAUGCCAAUUUCCAAAACUUAGCUGAUGGUUGUUCACCUUGUUCUGUUUGAUAGGUACAUGUGCCUUGCAGUAAAUGUCACAACACACUAUCUCUUCCGUCCGAAAUGAGUUUAAAAACAGUGGAUUAAAUUUGUAAAGGCUGAAACGUAUAACACAAGAUAUUAACACCUCAUAGAAGGUAACUGGAAAUAGAUUGGUUACCCGUGUUAUACGAAAUAAUUUCAAUCAUUCUGAAAACAAAUCCAUAUUUUAAUCCAUACACAACUGCUUGAACGAAAUACAUUUGCAGGUCAUGGAGAGAUUGGCAAAAUGGGACUCAUUGGAUUCCUUUACAGGUAGGAAGUGGCCCAAUGAACUGGAUUCCCUCAUUCCGUGUUGUGCAUAAAGUGUUAACUAGUAAGUUUGUUUUAUUGAGUUAUCCAAACAGACAUUGACCAUGCUCAUGUAUGUUUGGGUGCAGUCAAUUAUCUUGUAUACCAUCUUCCUAGAAAGGUGUGUUAUUAUAAAAUCUUAAUGCAGAAAAGGGCCAUUCAACUCAUUACCAUAUACCAUCUCAUUUUUUAAAUGACAUUGUUUAGCAUUGCAAAUUGUUUUUUUUCCUGUAAUCCUACAUGUAUAUGUCUGAUGGUCUUUUCAAAAGUAAUGAGGGAAUUAGAUUCCACCACCUUUCAGGAAGUAUUUUCUGAGUCUUUUCUAGGUCUAUUGGAAAUAAAUUUAAAUUUCCCCCCUG